CUUUCCAGCUGUUUACACUUGAGAUGUAAAAUAGCAAUUUGACAUAGACUCCCAGUGUGAUGUGAGCAUCUGCGUAAAAGGCGACAUAUAGAGCAUGCCCAGUGAUGUGCCGGGCUCCCUCCCUCCCCCACCCCAAUCAGAUCUCUGAAGAUAUGGAUUGAACUUUGCACUUGCAAAUGUCAUGGAAUACAUUUUGCACUGGAUUUUUAAAAGGUUCUCAUGUCUUACAAGUAAUUCCUUUGAAACCCCCCACACACACCCCCACCCACCAAAAAGCAGCCACAUCCAUCCUCUGUGGAGCAGGAUGCAUCAAGUUUAGCCGGAGUUGAAGCCUCUCUUCGGGAUCUACUUGGAAGUGUUCUGUCUUGAUUGUACCAGGGCACGGGCAGAUUUAGGGGGGUUCUUUCCGUUUCUGGGAUGGGGAAAAAAAUGAGAACCUGUUCGGAGCGGAGUCCUUCUGAGCACAGAGACUGAAGGCUCACAGAGGGAAGGAAGGAAGGAAAGAAAGAAACGGAGGGGCUCGCGGCAGAGUAUGGCCAGGGAAGGAACAGUGAUUGCACAGGACUCGGCGCACACAUGCGGGGGGAGAGUCGGUGCGGAGCGCUGCAGCUGCCGACAAUAACUGAGCUGUCUGGCUAAUGAAGGCCACCUGGAUCAGGCUUCUGAAAAGAGCCAGAGGAGGACGGCUGAAGAAUUCGGAUAUCUGUGGUUCGGCAGACUCCUACACUAGCCGUCCAUCUGAUUCAGAUGUCUCUCUGGAGGAAGACAGGGAAGCAGUUCGGAGAGAGGCAGAGAGACAGGCCCAGGCCCAGCUGGAAAAAGCCAAGACAAAACCUGUUGCGUUUGCAGUGCGGACCAAUGUCAGCUAUAGCGCAGCCCACGAGGAUGAUGUCCCGGUACCAGGCAUGGCCAUCUCGUUCGAAGCAAAAGAUUUUCUGCAUGUUAAGGAAAAAUUUAACAAUGACUGGUGGAUAGGACGGUUGGUAAAAGAAGGCUGUGAAAUAGGAUUCAUCCCAAGUCCGGUCAAACUAGAAAACAUGAGGCUACAGCACGAGCAGAGGGCAAAGCAAGGGAAAUUCUACUCCAGUAAAUCAGGAGGAAAUUCGUCAUCCAGUUUGGGUGACAUAGUACCUAGUUCCAGAAAAUCUACGCCUCCAUCAUCUGCUAUAGACAUAGAUGCUACUGGCUUAGAUGCAGAAGAAAAUGAUAUUCCAGCCAACCACCGCUCCCCUAAACCCAGUGCAAACAGUGUAACAUCACCCCACUCCAAAGAGAAACGAAUGCCCUUUUUUAAGAAGACAGAGCACAUUCCUCCUUACGAUGUGGUGCCUUCUAUGCGACCAGUAGUAUUAGUGGGGCCUUCCCUGAAAGGCUAUGAGGUGACAGAUAUGAUGCAGAAAGCACUAUUUGAUUUUUUAAAACACAGAUUUGAAGGGCGGAUAUCUAUCACAAGGGUCACAGCUGACAUCUCGCUUGCCAAACGUUCAGUAUUAAACAAUCCUAGCAAGCACGCGAUAAUAGAACGCUCCAACACAAGGUCAAGUUUAGCUGAAGUUCAGAGUGAGAUUGAAAGGAUAUUUGAACUGGCAAGGACUUUGCAGUUGGUAGUCCUGGAUGCAGACACCAUCAAUCAUCCAGCCCAGCUCAGCAAAACCUCUCUGGCUCCAAUUAUAGUCUAUGUAAAGAUUUCUUCUCCUAAGGUUUUGCAAAGGCUAAUAAAAUCUCGAGGAAAAUCUCAAGCAAAACACCUCAAUGUCCAGAUGGUGGCAGCUGAUAAACUGGCCCAGUGUCCACCAGAAUUGUUUGAUGUAAUCCUAGAUGAAAACCAGCUUGAAGAUGCCUGUGAACAUCUUGCUGACUACAUGGAGGCUUACUGGAAGGCCACACACCCUCCUAGCAGCAACCCCCCCAACCCCCUCCUUAGUCGAACUCUAGCUACGGCAUCUCUUCCAAUCAGCUCCACCCCAGCCUCCAAUUCACAGGGUUCCCAAGACCAGAGGAAUGACUAUUCUGCUCCCACCCGCUCUGCUUCCCAAGCUGAAGAGGAGCCCUGUCUUGAGCCCGUCCGGAAAUCCCAGCACCGUUCCUCCUCCUCAGCGCCACACCACAACCAUCGCAGCGGCCUGGGCCGAGGCCUCUCCAGGCAAGAGACGUUUGACUCAGAAACCCAAGAAAGUCGAGACUCGGCCUACGUGGAGCCAAAGGAAGAUUACUCCCAUGAGCACGGAGACCACUAUGUCCCCCACCGGGAGCACAACCACCGGGAAGACGUGCACGGGACCAGCGACCACAGACACAGGGAAUCUCGGCACCGGUCUCGGGAAGCUGACCGAGAGCAGGACCACAAUGAAUGCCACAAGCAGCGCAGCCGACACAAAUCAAAAGAUCGAUACUGUGACAAGGAUGGAGAAGUGAUAUCCAAAAAACGGAAUGAGGCUGGGGAGUGGAACAGGGAUAUUUACAUCCGGCAGUAACUUAAGCCUUUGAGGCAUUUUUGUUUGUCUCUUGGAAGUCUUGUAAAACAGCCACGCUCCCCAACCACCACCCUACCCCCCAAAAAAAAACACCUCACAAAAUAUUUUGGCUCUCCAUCACAAAUCAAAUGAUAUCUCUGUCUUGUACAGUUUGUAUUGCUGUUGCUUGCAGAGCAAUAGCAUGAGAUAGAAUAUUCACAUCCUUUUUUAUUAUUAUUUUUGGAAGUGCUCUAUUGACUCACCCCGUACAGUUGCAGGCUUCUGGUGUCGUAUUUGACUUUUACAAAGCUGUUUUUGGUAGCUGCCCCUUGAACAAUAUCUGUUGUCAUCUUCAGGUGGUUAUUAGUGUUUUAAACAAGCUAGAGUUGAUGUGUAAUAAUCUCCUGUGUAUUCAGCAAGCCAGAGUCGGCCUACACAACAAACAAAAUUGUAUUUUCUCCCAAUUGCAUAUUCAUUUAAGGACCACUAUCUGUUGCUUGUACCUCUGGUUGACUAAAUUUGGGGGACAGAUUCAGUCUUGCCUUACACAAAGGGGAUCAUAAAGUGAGAAUCUAUUUUCUAUGUACUGGUACUGUGUACUGUAUAUACAGUUUGUAAAUGUUAUUUCUGUAAACACCUUCUUAUUAUAUCGGUUUGAUCACACUAUUUUAAGAGUCCUAAUGCCAAGUCAGCAGAUUUGCUUUUGAAUUACAGGGACUGGAAAUACCCUCAGUUCAGGAAAUUUGUAACAACAUUCAGUCUUGAUACUUUUCCCUCUCUAGUAGAAAGUCUCCUGUACAUAUUGUAAAUAUGUGUGAUUGCUUGAGAUAAAGAAAGGUUUAAUUCAAGAGUACCAUGCCAUCCUUACAAGCUUAUCUUUUUGACCACGAGGUAUGGUAGAGGUAAACAAACUCUAAUCCAUAGGAUUCACACUGAUUGUUACAAACACAUUCUUAGUAGUUGGUGUCUGUUAAGAGUCAUAGCACUGGAGCAUAUGAGCCAGAAAUCUUUGCGUGCAGGGGUGUGUGUGUGUGUGUGUGUGCACGCACACGUGAAUACAUGUGUGCACACGUGUGUGUUACGGUACGUUUGAGUGACAUGAUGAAUCUGAAUGCAAAAAAAAAAAAAAAGAGUCUGUUGAAGAAAAAAUAGAGACUGAUACUUAAAAUUCUGCCCAAUUGGAUUUCUAUUUUGUUGUUCUCUGUUACUUUAAUAAUCCAAUGCGCAGUCAGGGAAUUUGAGGAAGUUUGCUGCCAAAGGUAAAUAGGGAAGCAUAAUCUGCUGGCUCUUUUUGUGAUACUCCCGGAGCGUAAACACAGGCACUUGUUACUGUGAGUGUUUCACUGGAAAUGGUACAAUCUUUGUGUUUUAUAGUACUUGUUUUAGGAAGAAAAGUUUACACAGCUUGUGGAAUUAUUUUGUGGGAAAAUAAAUUUUUGUAGUUUCUCCCACUUCAUUUCUACACUUGCCAAUUACUCCCAUUAAUUCUUGUCAUCUGGUGUUCCUACCCUUCUACCUUCCACCCAAUAUCUUUCCAAAUCGAGCAAUUUUGGUGUUUGUUUGUCAGGAACCUAGAAAAGUGAUUUUUGUAACCAAAGUCUCUGCUAUUUAGAAUUAACUGGGUCAAAAUGAAUUGACCUGAACCACUAGUAAAAUGUGGGGAUAUUUUACUUCACUAGACAUCUGCUUUGAUGAAAAAUGCCUAGAAGAUACUAUCUCCUGCCUUCAGCUAUUCUGCUGUAAAUGAUUGAAAAUGUUGCUAAUAGUUUUAAGACAAAUAAUAUAGAUGUCUAUAAGUGCACAUGUUAUCCAGACAUCACUGGAUGGGUAAUGUUAUUAUUAGGUGUCUGAGUUUUUAACAUUUGAAGUUUUUCUGGGAAAAAAAAAUGGAUAUAAUUGCCCAAUUUCAAAUAAUGUACAUUGUCAAAAUAUGAAAUUCCAUUUUUUUCAAAUGCCCUUGUUUAUUCCAGUCUCUAGCCAAUAUUUUAACCUUUUAAAUUAAAAUUUGUCACAGAUUUGGCUUUUUCUACUCUUCCAUAACCCUACUUUCUCACCAUGGUGGGAAAAAAAAAAAAAAUCACACUUUGAGAGGAACUAACCAAAACAAGUGGAGUGCUUCAUCAACCGAUUUCCUGAAUCUUUUUUUUUUUCUUUUCAGGAUGAGACACUUUUGUAUAUAAUGUAGGUAAAUGAUGCUCAGUAAUUAGAUCUCUCGAACUGUUAAAACUGAUUUAUUUAUUGUACCAUACCAACAGUGGCUAUAAUGGACAUGCUGAAAUUCGUUGCAUCAGUGAGAACUUCAUUCCAAUAACCUUGCUUUUAAAAAAUGUUCUAGCUAAAAUAGACAGCUAUAUGAUACUCAUCCUUACUGUUCCAACAUAUCAUGUUGGCCAGCUUUUGCUGGCUCAGAAUCAUUUAUAUUCUUAAAAUGUGACUAAUAUUCUAGACUGCCUCCACCACUUCAUUUUCUCCUCCUUCUUCCUUUAGCUCAAUGGGAUUCCAUCUUAUUUACCUACCUUGAGAUUUUCAUCCCCACCCCCCCACAUUUUUCAUUUCAGUUCCUACUUGUGGAUUCUUUUGCAGGAUUGCAAAUCUUUGAGCCGUUAUACAUGAAAAACUGUCCAGUGGGCAUAAAUGUAGACAAAGUGACAAAGAAAGUAAUCUCAGGUACAAUGGGAUUUAUCGGUUUGUGGAAUAUAAAGCUGUAGUUUUUUCACCUAAGCGUUUUUGUCAUUGACAUAUUUAGCUGCGGCAUCAUAAUUUAGUCAGUCAAUCUUAAGAAAUGGUGGAAAUGACUCACUGUGUUCUUGUCCUAUUCAUUUCCAUUUUUCCUUUCUAUGCUCCUCCACUGCUGAUUUCAUUUACUGUUGCAAAAAGGUGCUGCUAAAUAUAGGGACUAGUUUUAGACAUUGUAUUUUGGGAUGUCACCACCCUUUAAACAUGGUUUGCUAUGCAUUCCUGUUGAGAGACGUUCACUUGUCAGCAGCCACACAAAAUUGUUCUUCAAUAAUCCUGGUUUUAAAUCAUCCAUAUGAAACAAAUAAAGAGCUGGCUUCUGCACUGUU